AUGAGUACUUCAACCCAGACCAAAGCUGCCAAAGCCAGGAGCAGCUCAGAAAUUCGGUUCAUCUCGACGAAGCCCAUCAAGAGACGAGCCUCACAGGCUUGUACUCAAUGCCGUCAUCGGAAGGUCCGAUGUGACUACAUCUUUCGUCGUCCCGCGUCCUGUACCAACUGCCGCCUGGAUGGGACAACAUGCGAGGUGCCAAAGAGCAAACGGCGAAGGUCCCAUUAUGUGGACACGUUCUGUUCCAUCACGCCGGCCACGCUCCUUUCUCAAGAGGUGGCCGCGAGCACACCCUGGCAGGAAAGUACUUCACCUUCUGAUGAUCCAGAAAGUGAGCUUCAAUGUGGUGGCCAUGACAAAGAUAUAAUCCCUGGCCUUGUGCCGGAGCCCCAGGCGACUCUUGAACAAGCAGAUGAAUCCAUGAUGUGGAACAGCCUGACCGACCAGUUCGAUCCGACCUCACAAAAAGACCAGCUCUGUGAGGCAGUACCACAGAUUGUCUUGCCACACUAUCUCCGCCCGGUCCCCAAGCAUAUUUCCGACGAAGACCUCGCCUACCUUCAAAAGAAAGGGGCAUUUGACAUCCCAGCCACCAUUCACCGCAACGAGCUGCUUCGGUGUUACAUCCAAUACGUGCACCCUCUUCUACCCAUCAUCGACCUCCGCGAUUUCCUGCGUGCCAUCGACAAAAACGACCCUAGCGAUACGUUCAGCCUGAUGCUGCUCCAGGCGGUCAUGUUUGCCGGCACCACAUUUAUCGACAUGAACUACGUCCCCGGCUACGAAGACCGCCGUGCUUACCAGAAAGCAUAUUUCCAGAAGGUCAAAAUGCUCUACGACCUCGACUACGAGGAGGAUCGAGUCACGAUUGUGCAGUGUGUUCUGCUGAUGACCUAUUGGUAUGAAAGCCCCAAUCACCCCAAAGACAUCUGGCACUGGGUCGGCAUUGCCGUUGCGGAUGCCAGAUCCAUUGGCCUCAAUUGUGUUCCCCAGGACAGUUCCGGCACCGUCCAACAGAAGCGACUCUGGAAGCGAAUCUGGUGGGGCUGCUAUAUGCGUGACCGGCUGGUUGCGUCGGGGAUGCGGAGGACAAUGAGGAUCAAGGAAGAAGAGUGCUGCGUUCAGGGGCUCGACAUUGAAGACUUCGAAGCAUGCACCUCCCUCUCUGAUUUCGAGCACAUGAUUGGGUCCGCGUGCGCGGUCGGCAGCGGAUCUACUCACGCCAACCUAGUCCGGCUCUGCAUUGCCUUGGUCGACCUGUGCAAGAUCGUGGCGGACAUUUUGACUUUACAGUACGCCACGCCAUCGCAGAAGAUCGGCGGCACUCACGCGGCCACGAUGAAGCUGCUCCCCAAGGAGCCGUCCACCGCGACCGAAGUGGGACGGCGCGAUCGGGACCUGGAAACGUGGUACGAAGGGCUGCCCGUGGAGAUCCGAUACUCGUUUCCAGAGACGCAGGACGACAGAAGGCCCAUCAGUGACCGUCUCGUCUAUCUACACAGCGCCGUGGUAGCGAGUGUCUACGCCGCGAUCACCAGCACGCUGCACCGACCGCAGUGUAUGAUUGGUAUGAUUGCCCCCUCGGAAAAGCACUUGACGGAAACCCAGAUGACGUCCAAGAUGAAAGUCUACGAUGCUGCCCGCAAGGUGGCGUCACUGUACCGGGACAUCGUCGCGCGCAACAUGACCGACAGCGUGCCCAACACCAGCGUGGCCGUCCUGCUCCCGGCCUGCGUCGUCCUCCACGCCGAUGCUCGGGCAACUGAGUCGCCCACGUGUAACGAGUCUCGCGCGUGCCUGGAGGAUUGCGUCAAAGUUCUCCAGCGCCUCCGCGACACCUUCGCCUCGGCAGAUUUUGCACUCUUGGUGCUCUCGCAGGCGAUUCAGAAAUUGACCCCUGCCAUCCGAGGCCCGACAUCUCAGAUCGCAACCCCUCCGCAGUCGACAACGGACCAAUUGAAGCCCUAUCCAACGCUUGGCCCGUCGGAUCUGGCAUCCAUGAAUCUUCUUCAAUCACCCCAGGAAAACAAGCCCCCAUCGAGUUUGGAAGCGAGUCAUUCACAGCCCUGUCUGGUCUCGGGAGGAGAGAUGGAUGCGGAAGAGGCACAUUUGAUGGAGACUGACGAUCCAGUUGACGAAGCUGCUGGCCACAAGGAGAGCCAAAUCGACGACGUGUGCGCGUAUCUGGAGACCAACCGUGUGAACGACCCGUGGUGGGACGAUCUCAUGAAUCUUUGA